UCUGCAUAGAAACGCCGGCAUUUAGCAUCGAAAUAGGCCCCACGUAUUGAGCAGGAUAGCAGCAAAUCACGCGUACUCCAACCGAAAGGCGACGUUAAAUUAGUGUAAUCGUGAAAUAAUAGCCAGUUCAAAAAAUAGCUUUAAUGACAAAAUGAUACUCACCGUGAAACCACUUCAGGGGAAGGAGUGUAACCUACAGGUCACAGAGGAUGAAAAGGUGUCAACAGUGAAGGAACUGGUCUCAGACCGUUUGAACAUACCACCCAAUCAGCAGCGGCUGCUUUACAAGGGGAAGGCUCUGGCAGAUGAACACAGGUUGAGCGAUUACUCCAUUGGGCCAGAUGCAAAACUGAACCUGGUGGUGCGGCCAGCAGGAGAACGGGGCGGUGCUGGCGGAACCGGCGGAGCUGCUGGAGCAGCCAGCAGUAGCGGAGGGGUGUGGCAGUCUCUCUCUGCUGUCCUGGCCAAACACUUCAGCCCUGCAGAUGCAGCCAAAGUGCAGGAGCAGCUCAUCAAGGAUUACGAACGCUCGCUUCGGCAGCUCAGUCUAGAUGACAUUGAGCGCCUGGCCGGCCGACUGCUACACCCCAACACAGAGGGCAUGGACACCUCUUAUAUGGACUGAGAUCCAGCUGCUGUGACACUGAUCUGAAAUUCCUAAUGACCAACCGGUCAGUCUGGCAGAGGGAGGGUUGGGGGUGCUGCAAGAAAGAACUGUUUUAUUUAUCGCCCGCCCCUCCCGCCUGUUUGCCGUUGUUUCAGUCUUGACUCAUACGGGAUAAAAUGAGAGCCAGCAUUGCCACAAUCAUCCCUUAUGCAGUGAAAAUGACACUGGUUCAGUCCAGAUGCAGCUUGAUCUCUCUUGGAUUGGAAAAAUGUUGAGAAUUAAAGGGGUUAUUGUAAACCAAAAAAAAAAGGUUUGACAGUUUCAGCAAUCUUGUACUGUCAGAUCAUAAAAAGAAAUGAUACUGAUGGUGGAAGCAGGCAUUGUAUGUUUUGUAAAUAUUGUUUAUACACAUGAGCAGUAAAGGGGUAAAAAAAGGACCUGACUUGCUCAUUAUUGACAGUGUACCUCAUUUCAGCAAGUUCAGGCUGCUGAUGCCUGAACAAUUACAUCAACGAAAUGGACAACAGAAUUAAAAAAAUUAAGUGCAAUAAGAGAUGAAACAAGAGUGUCUAGCGUGUAGCUAAGAAAGCAAUAACCGUACAGGAAGACCCAUAACCACACAUCACUAGAGAUUCAAUAUGUCAAAUGUACCUUUUAUUCAACUUGCUUUGACGAGGAAAUGAUAUUAACAGGUGAUAUAACAUUGCAGUUCAGCCCGAUAGAUAAGGGGUUUCUAAUUAACUACUGCAUACAACACGGUUAAGUCUAUUUUGUUGGAUGGUUGAUACAGACAUAUAAAAUCAAUCAGGAUUUUGAUAUAUUUAU